UAAUACGUCGACAACGGAAUUAGGAGACGAGCCCGUUCUAAAAAUCUCGAUAAAAACACAAAACCAGGGGCACACACCAUCACCACUUCUCGCCUACUCAGUAACCACCGCCAUGGCCGCCGUGCUUUCAAAAACCGCCCAUCUCCGUCGCGCGCACCGCCUCUUCUCCUCUUACACUUCAUCUCGUAUAACAACACCUCACUACUCCAAUCCAAUUCCUGUCCACCGACCUCUCCAUCAAUUGGAUUUAGGAUCAUUUCCAAAGCUCCCUAGGUUUCUAUCUACAAACGCUAAUGCGUCUGCUAGUACUGCUAACGCUCAACCUGAUUCAUCGUUGAAAGAAACCGCAUCUGAUUCUAGGUCUCAUCACUCGGAUGAUUCGCGUAAUACUUCAGAUCAAGGAAAAUCUGUUCGCGGCGGGCCGAUAUCUUGGUUGAGCUUUCUUUUGCUGGUUGCCACUGGAGCAGGGGUUAUCUUCUACUAUGAUCAGGAAAAGAAACGCCAUAUAGAAGAUAUAAAUACGUCUUCAACUGCAGUGAAGCAAGGACCUUCUGCUGGUAAAGCAGCCAUUGGGGGCCCAUUUAACCUUAUUGACCAUAAUGGGAGAUCCGUCACUGAAAAUGACUUCAAGGGGAAAUGGACCUUGAUAUAUUUUGGUUUUACUCACUGCCCAGAUAUCUGCCCAGAUGAGCUACAAAAGCUUGCUGCUGCAAUUGAUAAAAUAAAGGCGAAGGCAGGUUACGAGAUAGUCCCGGUUUUCAUCUCAGUUGAUCCUGAGAGGGACACAGUAGAGCAAGUUGGUGAGUAUGUAAAAGAGUUCCACCCAAAGUUGAUUGGACUUACUGGUCCUCCAGAAGAGAUAAAAAAGGCUGCGCGUGCCUAUCGAGUCUACUAUAUGAAAACAGAGGAGGAAGGCUCAGAUUAUCUCGUAGAUCACUCGAUAAUCAUGUACUUAAUGGACCCGAACAUGGAAUUUAUCAAGUUUUUUGGGAAGAAUAAUGACAUUGACGCUCUUACUGAAGGAAUCAUUAAUGAAAUAAAGCAGUACAGAAAAGUUCAAGCGUGAUGCUCAUAAGCGACUGUACGCCUUCUCGACAUUUCUAUUCAUUGGGCAUUUUCCAUAUGACUUGAGGUAUUAUUUAUAACACCAGGAUUAAGACUAGUGCUUUAUUAGUCAGUUUAUAUCAUAACUGAAGAUGUUCUUUCUUUUACCACAAGGAUAUAUAAAUCCAUAAAUCUAUCUCAAUGGUGGCUCCUAACAUACAUCCCACCCUAGUUUAUCAAAGAUGAUACCAAAGAGAGAUUGGUUGCAAAAGUCUGAAAAUGAGGAUGAGAUCAUUUGAACUUUUCAGCCCUAAAAUGGUGUUUUUGAUCAUGUAUCGACUGCUACCACUGUUUUUAUUUAGCAAAUGUGCUACGUUUGCUGAUCAUUCAUGUUGAUUCAUUUAUUUGCUUGAAAACUCCAAACCAAACUUGUCAUUAGAUAAAUUUUUGAUA